AGCGUUGAAUCAGCUGGAGAACGGCCAGCGUUGAACGUGGAUCGUUGAACGUUGUUUGUUGUUUGUUGUAUGUUGUCUCAUCUCGAGUUCGAGUUCGAGUUCGAGUUUAUUGUUGCUAAUUGUUGUGCUAAAUGCUUUGCUUCGCCGUACCGGGCUCUGAGCAAUGUAAGUGACAUCUCGAACAUCGCAUUGAGCAAUUGUUAAUAGAUUGAGGUCUUCUUGGGAAAGAAAAACAAAAAGAACUUAAGAACUUUGGCACAGUUCUUCGACUUUCUCGUUUGCCGUGGACAAACGGAGCAUUGUGCAUUUGACUUGCCAGUCUGUGCAGUGAAGCAGUGGAGUCAUCAACUACAUAGAUCAAUAUGAACAAACUGCGAACAUUGAUGCCGGGCCACAAUGCCAAAGAUUCUGCCCGCAAUUCAGUUACCCUGGAGCCGGAGAUUUGCUUCCAGAUAACCAUUGAGACGCAUCAGCAAACAGAGAGUGAUCAGAGCUUUAAAUCUGGGAGCGGUUCGGCUGCGGUUCCAGAACUAAAUGUGCACUUAAUUGCGGCACGACAUUUACCUUCACUGUUCGGCUUUAAGAUCGUGCAGGGGUAUUUAAUAAAGGUUAAAUUAUUUCCCGGCACAAAGCGCUUAGACAGCAGCAUUCAGACUAAUACCUGGCCAAAAUUUAAUGAAAAUUUCAAGUUUCCCUUAGUGCCUGACAUAAAACCCUCUCUGAAACAUGGCUCUGCCUUUGCAUCCCGGAGACAGACGCAGAGUCAAAAUAAUGGAGAUUCUUCCACUCUCGACGAACUCUUUGCCGGCCAAUUUGUGGUCUUUACUGUAUAUGCCCUGCUCGAGUUACCUGCCGCAAGUUUCAAUCGAUUUAGUAAGACCUAUCGCUCCCUUAAAGAUAAGAGCACGAAUUUUGUGCAGCGACUCGCCUCGAGUGAAACCCAGACUGAAAACGGCGAGGCCCAAAAUGGGAAGCGAAAGAAGUCGACUGACAAUCCACGGGAUGCCAUGCCGCCAUUGACAAUAAGUGAAUCACGGAGAAAUAUCGGCUCUGUUACCUGUUACCUUGAGACAAAGAUUUUCAAGCGUAAUUCUCGCACUGGCUCCUACUCGACUGAGGAGCUCUGGCUGCCCAUUAAAGAUAUAACGACCACUGUGCUCUCGAAGACGCCCAACAAUAAUAAUAAUAACAACAGCAACAAUCUCACCAAUGCACCCAAAGGCGUUGUUGAACUGGCGCUUGAGGUGCGUGAUCUUAGCGAGAGCGAAUCCCUGCCAGAAGUGGAUGCGCAGUCAGAGCCAAAGGACAUCCCAGCGGGAGCCAACAACUGGCAGCGCAUGCGCGCCGAGAUGAAGCGCAAAAUGGGUAUGAGUAAUGUGACAAAUGUCUUGGGCGGCACACUAAUGUUCCGAGUGACGACAUCCCGAAUGCGUUGCUCCAACAAGGUCAAGGACGAACUGGAGGCGACGGCCGGCGGUGGUGUCUAUGUAAAGACGACGGUCUUUGAGCAUGGCAUCUAUGUGGAUGCCUGGAAAUCGCCCAUCUUCUAUCCCUCGCUCUCUACGAAGUGGGAUGGCGCUGGUGGAGAUCAGGCGACCAUUUGUGUACCCCUGCGCAGCAUGGAUCAGCUGGAGAAUAUGGUGAUCCGCACAACGCUAGCGACUAAACUGAAAAUGGGCAAGAAACUAGUGCUGGGCACAGUUCUAAUCGGCGGCGAUGGCUCCGAAUCGGGUUUGGAGCAACUGCGUCUGUUGAGAGAUUCGCCAGUCAACGAGCGUGUGAGCACCUGGCACUGCUAUCAUUAAUUCUCAGCCAGCUUUCAUGCCAUUUAUUUCUAAACCAAUGUCUAGUACCAAAAUUAAAGAUGCAUUUUCCCUAUUGAUACACUCAGAGAAACUUAUGGACUUGCAUUUAAGAAGAACAAUCUAUAAAUUUUGUAUUUAAUAAUAACAUUAUAUAAAUAAUAAUAAUUUUCUAAAAAGUAGAAAUACUUGCCCACAAUAGAUCUGAAUAUUUCAGAGCUGUAUGAAUGAAAAAUUUAGAAAAUUUCGUUUAAGAAUUGUGCAAUAUGUAAAAUAUCGAAAAUGCAAUUUUUUUCGCUAAAUGUUAAGAAAUACUUUGUGUUUUUAAGUAAAUCAGCAAUUUUUAUUAUUUCAUAGAUAUAGAAACACUUCAAUUGUAAAAUAGAAGUAAUAAUCCUGACUUCUGAGACCUCUAAAAAAUAAGUUAAUUUUCUCUAAAUUAUAUGUGACAUUUGUUGGCUGAGUGUAUCAUUAAAUUUAUAUGCUCAUCGUUUUUAUUAA